UUGUGACUUCAUGAACUUAAUAAAAUAUUGUAGUUUUUAGCCUCGGAAUUCACUCACAUGAAACUUGUGCACACCUCUCUGCCUUAAUAAUAGCCAAGCCUUUACCUGUCUUCAAUAUGUCUUCACAAUAUUUUUCAUGGCCACACCAUUGAUCCUACUCGUAUUGUUUUUGUCUUUAUGUUGCCCACUUUCAUCUUCAUCCUCUGAUAGUCUAUGGGCGGGCUCAUCUUUAUCGGUGGAGACUGCAGCUGAUGUCUUAACUUCACCUGAUGGCACUUUCAGUGCCGGUUUCCACUCUGUUGGCCAGAAUGCUUAUUCCUUUGCGAUAUGGUUCAAUAAACCAGCCUGCGGUGCCAACACUUGCACCAUAGUUUGGAUGGCAAAUCGGGACCAACCAGUCAAUGGUAGAUCCUCAAAGCUCUGUCUACUGGAAUCAGGUAAUCUUUUUUUAAUAGAUGCUGCUCAAAUAACUGUUUGGGAAACGAAAACCGUGUCGCAGUCCCCUACCUAUUUGAAAAUCGAAGAUGGUGGUAAUCUUGUCUUGAGUAACUUGGAAGGCCUUAUAUUGUGGCAAAGCUACGAUUCACCCACGGAUACUCUGCUUCCUCUUCAACUAUUCAAUGAGAACACAAAGCUCAUCUCAUCAAGAAGCCAAGGAAACUUCUCCUCGGGCUAUUUUCAGUUUUAUUUUGACACUGAUAAUGUUCUCUGCCUUAUGUACAAAGGUCCUGAGUUUUCAAGCGUUUACUGGCCAAGUCCUUGGCUUUUGAGAUGGGAUGCUGGAAGGUCCACGUUCAAUAAUAGCAAAAUUGCAGUUCUGGAUUCAUUGGGAAAGUUCAGUUCAACCGAUAAAUUUACUUUCUUGUCAGCUGAUUAUGGCUCAAAGAUUUCGAGAAUGUUGAAGAUGGAUUUUGAUGGCAAUAUUCGAUUGUAUAGUCUAAAAGAGGAUGGAGAAACUUGGGUUGUUUCAUGGCAAGCCUUCAAUCAACCAUGCAUGGUUCAUGGAUGUUGUGGACCAAACAGCAUAUGCAUUUAUAUUCCUAAUUUUGGCAGGAAAUGUUCUUGCCUUCCAGGGUAUAAGAUGAAGAAUCAUACUGACUGGUCUCUUCGCUGUGAACCAGAAUUUCAUCUUUCUUGUAACAAAACUGAGGUUGGUUUCCUGAAACUCAGCCAUGUUGAUUUCUUUGGCUAUGAUUUGGGAUUGUAUACUAAUGUCACCUUAGAGCAUUGCCAGAAAAUAUGCUCGCAGUUGUGCGAUUGCAAAGGUUUUCUUUUCAGAUUUAUUAAACCCCCUGAACCCGAUGGUACAUACUGUUUUCCCAAGGUACAAUUGUUGACUGGAUAUCGCCAACAAAAUUUUGCUGGUGAUUUCUACGUGAAAGUGCCCAAGGCCACUGUCUCCUUUUACGGUAACAGUGUUCAAGAUUCCAAGUUACAAUGUUCUAACAAAGUUCAGCCGCUGGAGCGAAAAUAUUUCCAAAGGCAUGAAAAUGAGUCAUUGAAAUCUGCCCUUUGGGCUGCCUGUGCAGUUGGAGCACUCGAGUUUCUUACCAUUUUCUUGGUAUGGUGUUUCUUGAUUAGAACCCGCGACAAUUCAAGCCCAACCUUAGGCUACCUUCUCGCUACAACUGGCUUCAGAAAAUUCACCUAUGCUGAAAUGAAAAAGGCUACAAAUAGUUUCUCAGAAGAGAUUGGAAGAGGUGCAGGUGGAAUCGUAUACAAAGCCACACUUUCCGAUGGCCGAGUUGCAGCAAUCAAGCGACUCAUUGAUUCUAACCAAGGGGAAGCUGAAUUCCUAGCAGAAGUAAACACCAUUGGAAAGCUUAAUCACAUGAACUUGAUUGAGAUGUGGGGCUACUGUGCGGAGAGAAAGCAUAGGCUUCUGGUGUACGAGUUCAUGGAACAUGGGUCCUUAGCUGAAAACCUUUCCUUUAAAGAACUAGAUUGGAAAAAGAGAUAUGAAAUUGCUGUGGGAACCGCAAGAGGCCUAGCUUAUUUACAUGAAGAAUGCUUGGAAUGGGUUCUUCAUUGUGAUAUAAAGCCUCAGAACAUUCUUAUAGACUCUAAAUACCAGCCUAAAGUGUCAGAUUUUGGCCUGUCUUGGCUGCUAAAUAGAGGUGAUGUCAAGUAUUCAAAAGUCUCAAAGAUCCGAGGAACUAGAGGUUACAUGGCACCUGAAUGGGUCUUCAAUCUGCCCAUCACCUCCAAAGUUGAUGUCUACAGCUAUGGGAUCGUUGUAUUGGAGUUAGUGACGGGAAAAAGCCCUGGAAUGGGAAUCCAUGUGACAGAUGAUGGAAGUACAAAAGAACAAAGAACGUUAGUUGCAUGGAUGAGAGAGAACAUGGAAAGAGCCAAAGAUACAGAAACAUGGAAGCAUGAGAUAAUAGAUCCCAAGCUGAAAGGGAUAUAUGAUGAGGAUGAGAUGCUAAUUUUGGUUACGGUAGCUCUGCGAUGCGUUCAGGAAGAUAAAGACGCAAGACCGACAAUGGGUGAAGUAGUUCAUAUGCUCCUUCCUCAUGAAAGCCAUUGAACCAUGGAGGAAUCAUCUCUUGCUAAACAAAUGAGUUUUUUUUUUUUUUUUGGGGGGGGGGGGGGGAGGAGAGUUACGGGGUAAUAUCAAAUAUUUAAGGUUUAUCUCUUUUAGUGUUUCUUAUAAUGAGGAUCGUUCCUGUUAAAGAAACAAGUUUAGAACUCCGUCCUCUCUACUGCCAUGGACACUCUGAAAGAGGGCUUUCAUGCCCCUAGCUAUAUGGCAAUAACAGUACUCGUGUGUAUAUAUAUAUUGAGAUUGCAAAGAUUGGCUUUCAUGCCCCCUACCUGUGUAGCAAUAACAUUAGACUUGUGUAUAGUUGUUGUUUUUACGAGAUUUUCGAAGAUUUAAUUUUGAUUGAACUAAAAAAUUAAUAUUCUAUCCAUUAAUUACCAAUUGAGGGUUAUAAUUGGUUAUUAUAUUCAACUGGUGAUAUAAUCAAUCAAUGAGUUUGUAGUAUAAUUGAAGCUUAUUUAGGUUAAGAAAGUGGAACUCCGUUGAAUAAAACCGAAAUGAAAAUAAGUUUCAUUUUGAAAAGAAAGUUAAUGUAUUUUCUCCGAAAGUCCAUAAGCCAAUAUGAUGAU